UUUGUGAUUCGCGCGGUUUCCAUGAAAGACCUCACAUCGGACCAGCGCCGCGCAGUGGUGGACCACCUCCUCUUGCGCGUUGUCCAAAAGCCAUGCAAACUUCAACGCGGUGCCAUAAAAGACGUGGCCCGCAUCUUUGGCCGCAAUCGCCACACGAUCUCCGAGAUUUGGAGGCGUGCAAACGUAUCACUUGGCGGCGACCUACCCAUGCGUGAAAUCGUAUGCGAGGACAUCUCAAGCCAAAAGAAGGGCAGGGUCGGUCGAAAGCAAAAGUAUACCGAUCUACCCGCACGUAUCCGAGCCGUUCCUGCUGCUCAACGUACAACAUUAAUGUACGUAGCUCAUGCCAUUGGUAUCCCUCCAAGCACGUUGAAGGACUACUAUAAACGUGGACUCUUGUUGAAGUACUUGGACAGCGUCAUGCGUGAAUUGUCGCUGCAAACUGCCAAUGACUUGGAAAUGAGUGAGAUCUUCACUGCAUUGGAAGAGCUUGUGAUCAGUUGCGAGGAUGAGGAAGGAGUGUAGGUUUUGCAUAAAAAAUUAAUUAUAUAUGAG